AAAUGAAAUUCAAUUUGAUGCCACCUUCUUACCAGGGAAGAAGACAGUCAACCAAAGGAGCAGUUGAAGUUGCAGAAUGAAGAACCAAUUCUCAUAACAAACUUCUGCUGUUGCCCAACUCCAACCGACUUCCGAGGGAUCGUCCUCUUCGCUCCCUAUAGUAUACAUCACACUUCAGCUUUUUCGCUAUCUUCGCUCGCUAAACUGCGCUUUUUUCUAGAUUCUCGGUUGGAUCUAUCUGUCGAAUUUUUUUAAUUUUCUUUAACCCUAAAUUCGCUGAUUGCUUUUGAUCUUUGAAUUCCAAAGCUCAAUUGUGGAGUUCCUGUCACCAAUAGUAACUCGUUAUGGCUGCGGUGAAAACUGCUCGGUCCAAGGCUAUGCCUGUGAAAGAGAAUGGACCAAAGCUCGAAGAAGGUCUCCAUUUGUUCAAGUCUGAUAAAUUCGAUGCCGAUACCUAUGUCCAGACCAAAUGUUCUCUCAGCGAGAAGGAAAUAAAGCAAUUAUGUUCAUAUUUAGUGGAUUUGAAGAAAGCUUCUGCUGAGGAAAUGCGUCGAAGUGUCUAUGCUAACUAUUCAGCCUUCAUACGCACAUCUAAAGAGAUCUCAGAUUUAGAGGGAGAGCUUUCAUCUAUCAGAAACCUGCUAUCUACACAAGCUACUUUGAUACAUGGCUUGGCCGAGGGAGUUCACAUUGAUUCCUCAUCUAGCUCCAAUUCUGAUAGUUUAGCUUCAAAUGCUAUUUUAGAUGCUGAAGAUAAGGAUACAUCAGACCUGGACAAAUGGUUAGUUGAGUUUCCUGAUCUCUUGGAUGUUCUCCUGGCUGAAAGAAGAGUGGAUGAAGCUUUAGCUGCUCUUGAUGAAGGGGAACGUGUAGUUUCUGAAGCAAAAGAGAUGAAAAUGCUAAAUCCAUCUUCACUCAUGUCUCUACAGUCUUCCAUUAUUGAACGCAGGCAGAAAUUAGCUGAUCAGCUUGCUGAAGCUGCUUGUCAGCCUUCCACCCGUGGUGCUGAACUUCGUGCAGCAAUAUCAGCCCUUAAAAGGCUUGGAGACGGUCCUCGUGCUCACAGUUUGCUGCUUAAUGCCCAUUUCCAAAGAUAUCAGUAUAACAUGCAAAGUCUUAGGCCGUCAAGCACAUCAUAUGGAGGAGCUUAUACUGCUGCUCUGGCACAACUGGUAUUUUCAGCGAUUGCACAAGCAGCAAAUGACUCAUUGGCUAUUUUUGGUCAGGAGCCAUCUUAUACUUCUGAGCUUGUGAUGUGGGCUACAAGGCAAACAGAAGUAUUUUCUCAUCUUGUUAAAAGGCAUGCAUUAGCUUCAUCAGCAGCUGCAGGAGGCUUAAGAGCUGCGGCAGAAUGUGUUCAAAUAGCAUUGGGUCAUUGCUCGCUGUUGGAAGCUCGUGGCCUGGCUCUUUGUCCUGUACUUUUGAAACUUUUUAGGCCUAGUGUUGAACAAGCACUGGAUGCCAAUUUGAAGCGCAUUCAAGAGAGUACUGCUGCUUUGGCUGCAGCUGAUGAUUGGGAGCUAGUGUACCCUCCAACAACUAACCGUCAAACUGGUAGGCCUUCAAGUGUAUCCACUAGCAGUACAACAGCAUUUCAACAUAAACUCACUAGUAGUGCCCAUCGCUUUAAUUUGAUGGUCCAGGACUUUCUCGAAGAUGUUGGACACUUGCUCAGUAUGCAGUUGGGAGGCCAAGCUCUGGAAGGGUUGUUCCAAGUAUUUAACUCAUAUGUGAACAUGCUCAUUAGAGCGCUACCUGGUUCAAUGGAGGAAGAAGCAAACUUUGAUGGUUCUGAAAAUAAAAUUGUACAAAUGGCUGAGACUGAAGCUCAGCAGAUUGCAUUACUAGCCAAUGCCUCAUUACUAGCAGAUGAAUUACUUCCACGUGCAGCCAUGAAACUUUCUCCCCUAACUCACGCUGCCCACAGGGAUGAUAUUCGAAGACGACCUUCAGACAGGCAAAAUCGUCAUCCUGAGCAAAGAGAAUGGAGGAGGCGACUUGUUGGUUCUGUUGACAGACUAAAAGAUACAUUCCGUCACAAGCAUGCGUUUGACCUCAUUUUUACUGAGGAAGGCGAUAGCCAUCUUACAGCUGACAUGUAUAUUAAUAUUCAUGGAAAUGCAGAUGAAAUUGAGUGGCUUCCUUCUCCGAUCUUUCAGGAACUUUACAUAAAACUGAACAGAAUGGCCAAUAUAGCUGCAGAUAUGUUUGUAGGGAGGGAAAGAUUUGUUACACUGCUCUUGAUGAGACUUACAGAGACUGUUAUUUUGUGGCUAUCUGAAGACCAAAGCUUUUGGGAUGAUAUUGAGGAAGGGCCUAGGCCUUUAGGUCCUCUUGGUCUUCAACAGUUCUAUUUGGAUAUGAAGUUUGUCAUAUGUUUUGCCUCCCAAGGCCGGUACUUGUCCCGGAAUUUGCAUAGAGUUGUCAAUGACAUCAUAUCAAAAGCUAUGGCAGCAUUUGCUGCUACAGGAAUGGAUCCAUAUAGUGUACUGCCUGAAGAUGAAUGGUUCAACGAAAUUUGUCAAGAUACGAUUGAUAGACUCAGUGGAAAACCGAAGGAAAUUAAUGGAGAAAGAGACCUUAACAGCCCAACUGCGUCUGUCUCCGCGCAGUCAGUGUCAUCCGUCAGAUCUCAUAGUAGUACGUAAGGCAUUGAUUGAUCCUUGUAAAUUAGAUCAGUUCCAUGUAUCAUGGAUUUGUUGGCAUCUGGUAAAUGCAGAUUUAUCUUCUUCCAAUGCAAUCAGAUUGUUUACACGCUUUUCCAUUCAUUCCCCCCCCCCUUUUUUUGGUUUUGGCUUUUGUCAAUUUAAUUGGGGAUAACCCUUCUUUUGUGUAGAUUAAAACUUACAGUUAGCCCAUGUGUGAUUCCUUUAAUUUGUAAUAUUCUAAUGUUAUUUUUA